AUGUUUACUGACUACUUGUCAGAACAACAAACAUUUGUGGACAACGCGGUAUACUUGUCAAAACGAUGUUUUUACUUCUUUUGGUCAUUUUGCGUUGCCAGUUGGAUUUCUUGGGGAUUUAAACCAUUAAUUUAUGGGGAAUAUAGAUUUCCUAUUAAUGUUUGGCUCCCGUUUGAUGCAUUCCACAGCACAAUUGUAUUUACAUUGGUUUAUGCAUUUGUAUUCAUAGGUGUUGGAAAUGCGGCAAACACAAGUGCGGCAGUCGACACAUUAAUUCCAGGACUGCUGUGCCAUGCAGCCGCACAAAUUCAAAUCCUGAAGGAUAAUCUUGUUCAUCUCGACGAGAGGACAACUGAGGAAGUAAACAGGACGUACAAACAAUUAAACAUGGACCGCAUCCAAUUGAAAAAUAAACUACUUUUUGAAAAAGUUGUUGAUUGUGUCAAACAUUAUAAAGCCAUCAAAGAUUUCGUCGAUCAAAUCGAGGAUUCGUAUAACUUGGUACUGUUCACUCAACUUUGCGGAAGCAGUUUGGUAAUUUGUAUAUGCCUGUGGAGGCUGGUGAUUGUCAAACCUCUCUCGAUAACAUUUUUUCAAAUGUUAGUAUUUUUGUUCACAAUGAAUCUCGAGAUAUUCUUGUUCUGUUAUUAUGGGUCGGUACUUUAUAAAGAGAGUGUAACAAUAAACGAGGCCAUUUAUAUGGGGAAAUGGUAUGAAUACGACAUUAAGUCGAAAAAAGCUUUGCUGAUUUUAAUGGAAGGUGUAAAACGACCGAUGCAAAUAACAGCAGGCAAAAUACUUUACGUUUCACUGGAAUUAUUUAUGGGGAUAUUGAAGAAGUCGUAUUCAAUUUUCGCUGUGCUGAAAAAUUUCACCUAAAUUGAGAAAAUUACACGACAACGGCAUUUUCAUUAUUUGUAAAAUAUAGUUCAGUGUUUAAUAGUUUUACUUCAAUACAAGUCAAUUUGAAUAAAAAUAAUUUGAGUAAAAAUUUACUAUUCACCUUCUUAUAUUGUGUAAAAUACAAGUAUUAUUAUUGUAUUGUACAGAAAUUAUAUUUAUUGAAAAUAUAUAAAUAAAAGU